AUGGUAUACUUGUUGUCUGGAUUUACUUUCGUCGGUCCUUUUUUUUUUCCACUUUGUAUAUUUCUACUUAUAUUUUUUCUUGCUUGGAACGUUAAAAAUGGUUAUGUCAGAAAUAAAAUUUUUAAAUCUAAUUUUAAUGAAAAUUUAACCGAUGUGUCGCAUAAUAUAAUUGAGUCAUCUAAUAAAUCCGCCGCUAAAAGUAAGCCAUUACUGAAAAGUGAAUGUUGUAAAGAAGAUGAUGAGAAAAAUUUAUUUAAUAAUGAAUCCGUUUUCAAAAAUGUUAAAAUUUAUUAUGGCUCUGCAGGAGGGAAAGCAAAGUUGUUCAGUGAAAAAUUAGCAAAUUGUGCAAAGGAUUAUAAUAUAAUCAGUGAAGUAAUUAAUUUAUCUCAUUAUGAAGCAGAAGACAAACUUCCUAAUGAAAAAUAUUGUGUAAAUGUAUUUAUUUUAUCUACUUACGAAGGAGGUAAGCCACCUCCGAAUGCUGAAUGGUUUUGUAAAUGGCUAGAAGAAGUUUCUAGCGACUUUAGAGUGCAUAAAAGUCUUUUGAAAAAUGUUAAAUUUGCUGUAUUUGGACUCGGAAAUUCUUUCUACAGCGAUAAUUUUAAUAAGGUAGCCAUUAACGUAGACAAAUGUCUUCACAAAUUACAAGGGGAAAGAAUAAAAAAAAUUUCUUUAGGUGAUGAAAAUGUCACCAAUUCUAAAAAUGGUUCUAUAGAAAAAGAUUUUGAUGUUUGGGUCUGGGAAUUGCUUGAUUUAUUAAAAAAUCCUGAAAAAGUGAAAUUGGGAUGUAAAUGCAAUGGAAAAAAACAGAAUGGAAACUGCAAAACAAUUGAAUCAGAUGGUUAUAAUGAUUCUUCAGAUGAAAAUGAAGGCACUAGUUAUAGUUCUGGAAUAAUUGAUGUUGAAGAUCUUGGUCAAAAAAUUUUGUCGAGUAAAAGUGCAGAUAAUGGUAUCAGAGAUAUGGUAACAGACCAACUUUCAGCUACUUUAACCAAACAGGGAUAUAAAAUUAUAGGAUCUCAUUCUGGAGUUAAACUUUGCAGAUGGACAAAAGCAAUGUUACGAGGUAGAGGAGGUUGUUAUAAACAUACUUUUUACGGCAUUGAGAGUCAUAGAUGUAUGGAAGCUACACCAUCGUUGGCAUGUGCCAAUAAAUGUGUUUUUUGUUGGCGUCAUCAUUCUAAUCCUGUAGGUACGGAAUGGAAGUGGAACAUGGAUGAUCCAGAGUUUAUUAUUAAUGGAGCCCUAGAAAACCACUACAAAAUGAUAAAACAAUUUAAAGGAGUUCCUGGCGUAUCAUUGGAUAGAUUACAAGAGGGUAUGACUGCUCGUCAUUGUGCCUUAUCACUUGUAGGUGAACCUAUAAUGUACCCGGAGAUAAAUAAAUUUAUUACAUUGUUGCAUGAAAAGCAAAUUUCUACUUUUUUAGUUACAAAUGCUCAGUUUCCUGAUGCCAUCAGAAAUCUAGUUCCUGUAACUCAGCUUUAUGUUAGUGUAGAUGCCAGCACGAAGGACAGUUUAAAAAAAAUUGAUAGGCCACUUUUUAAAGAUUUUUGGGAAAGAUUUAUUCAAAGUUUGAAAGCUCUUUCUGAUAAAGGACAAAGAACUGUUUAUAGAUUGACCUUGGUGAAAUCAUGGAAUGUUGAAGAAAUACAAAAUUAUGCUGAUUUAGUUAAUCUUGGAAAACCAGAUUUUAUUGAAAUUAAAGGUGUGACUUAUUGUGGAACUUCUAAAGCCUCAAAUUUGACUAUGGAAAAUGUUCCCUGGCAUAGUGAAGUCGUAUCAUUUGGAACGAAAUUAUGUUCUUAUUUAGACAAUUAUAAAUUAGCGUGUGAACACGAACAUUCUAAUUGCAUUUUGUUAGCAAAAACAAAAUUUUUAAUUAAUGGAAAAUGGCACACUUGGAUAGAUUAUGAUAAGUUUCAUUCAUUAGUCAAAAAUUAUCAAUCUUCUAACGGAGAAAAAACUUUCUCGUCAGAUGAUUACAUUCAAGAAACUCCGAGUUGGGCUAUUUACGGAUCUUACGAAAAAGGUUUCGACCCUACUGAAACCAGAUGGAAGAGGAAAAAAGAAAAUUAA